CAGGACGAAAUGAACAGUCACUUCAUCCUGCCCUGAUCUCUCCAACCUCUUCACGGCAAGAUGAUGAUCGUGCGAGCAUGACCCAGCAUAUCAUCCAGCGCCUCAUCAAUAGAGCGCAAUGGCCCCUUGGCGUCGCUUGGCUACCUCGACAUGUCUAAGCCUUGGGCCACGCCAUCCUUGGCCUCCUCUCUUCUCGUGUAGGACAGGGCCACCUUCAGCAGCCAAAGGCAUAUCUGGCCGCCGUCGCUCUCACAUGGCCGCAAAUGGACAAUCGUCGCUUUUCUCGCGCCUUUUAGAGUUCGACGCAAGCGUUCAUCGAUCAUUUUGCGAUGGCAAACGUGUCGUUGACGAUACGCGCCAUGCUCUGUCGCGCCUCGAUGCACCCUCGACGGCACUCGCAAUGCAUAUACUCAUUGAUGGACUCCUCCGUAAGAUGAGCGCGGUCCAUCUAACAUCAGAUCUCGUCGAUGUGGUCGUCGAGGGUCUCCACUCUAUCCGCGCCUCAACAGGCGACAUCAAUGACGGUCAGCAGCAGGCUCGAUGGGAGGCUGAGAUCUGCGACAUUCUCGACAACUUUGCCCUGCGCCUCGUUUCCUUUCCCGACCACCGAGCCAGGAAUGCCUCGCUCGACCUUGUGGAGCUAGCAACCGCCCUUGAUGUCGACGCUCAUCGUAUCGCACGCAUCAUCAAUAUCAUAUGCGGUGGAUUGCAAGAGGCUGACCAUCCUAAGACCAGCUCCACCACUCCCUCUGCAGCCAUCGCCUUCCCCAUUGCUCCGUUGCAAAUCUACGAUCGAGCAUUUGCCGAUACGGAGCUCUGCACAGCCCUAUUAGAGACCUCGCGGCAUUGCGGGUCGAAGCAGCAGGUACUCAGCAUCAUCUCCGCCUUCCUGCGCGUUCCUGCCGAGGAGGAACAGGACCUCCAACGAGCUGAUCAGCUCCUUAAUCUGGCACGACGGCUGACUCUCGACGAAGGAGGUCCGCCUCCGGAAAUUUUUGCAAGUUAUGCAGACGCUUUACUACAGGCCACCUACGUGCCACCUGGUUAUGCCUUCCGAAUGGCUGCCGACUUCUUCGACGAUCAGGUCAUCAAGGCCAAUAGUCUCAGCGACCCACUACGCUCUCGUGUCUGGGGAACCCUAGUCGCCUUCGAUCCCACCUUGGCAGCAGGAGCGGACCAGCCAUUCACAAUCACCAACCUCUGGUCUCGUCCUCACGGCAGCCCUCGGGAUAGCGUCGCGGCUGGACCUCAUCCUCACCUUGCAUCACAUCCUGCAUUCUUGCAGCAUUUCCUUUCGGGUCUUGGUUCGCUGCCUGCUUUCACAAAGCAAGUGCUCAGGGCUGGCAUGCACAUGUGGGAUCAUUGCGUCCGUCGCUAUCGUGUGCAGCCCACGCCGCGUAUUGCAUCCAACGCAGUUCGCCUUUCGAUUCUCGGCGAUUCCUGGGGCGACGCCGUCGAUCUCCUACAAAGCUGGGUGACAACGUCCACUGAGCAGCAGCAUGCAGUAUCAAAAUUGGCCGAAGAGCUGGAAGCAUUGAGUGGUCCGCUACGCAGGAUUAAUUCGUCACCGAAUGUCAAGGCUUGGUCAGAUCCAGCGGCAGUCGGCAUGCUGCCCGCAAUGCCCUCGAGCCGUCUGCCUCGCACAUUGAUGGGAACCACGUUGAAUUCGCAUCGGCCGAUGGCCUGCUGGGCCGUAUGGAAGCACAGUCCAGGAAUCGCCGGCUGUCCGCAUGACCACUUCUCCCUGCUCGCCCUUCUUUCGGGUGCUCGCCACGCAGCAAGACUGGAUGUCGAGCGCCGAAUCAGAAGCAAGGAGACUCGCAAUCGCCAAGAGAUGAUAAUGUCACACGACCUAGAGGCAGAUGUAGAUGCUCUACUCUCUCACCAACCUUGGCAGAGGGACAACAACGACAGUUCACCUCUUUGGGACGGCUUGCCACCAGCCCUACGUGCGAAGGCAGUCUUCCGACAUAUCAUCUUCUCUCAGCAUCCAGAUCUCCGGACGGAAGUCAGCGCGGUGGAAGCCUGCCGCGCAGCCCUCAGCUGGCGGCCCUUUCGAACCAGUUUCAAGGCCUCUGAGCUGAGCAUCGUACCAUCAAGCUCCCCAGAAGCCCAUUCAUCCCAAAGCGGUACUCGGGCCGCCUACUACGAUUCGGAGAGUUGUGACGAGGAGCAGCCAGGAAGUCUGGUUGACGACUGCGGCCGCAGUCUUCCAUGGACCUCCGUUGUGUUCGGCAAUGACCUAUUUGAGGGCUAUUUAAGCCUGCUCUGCAUCAUUCGACUCCUCGAAAAUGGCGAGCAGCACCACGAACCGCACUCACACCGAGUCUCAACCCCCUUCUCUUUCCUCUCCGGAUCAGACGACGUCUGGACAGAGCCAUUAAUGGUCUUAUCAUGGAUGAGACGAUUGUCUCUACAGCCCAGCCGUGAAAUAAUGGGACUCGUCAGCCUGACGGCUUUCAGAGACCUGCCUUUGUGGUCCCAGAAUCUCUCUGCGGACGCUUCGUUGAUGGGACCGAUUGACGCAUGGUGCCGAGAAUGGGUCGACGCGGACAAUUUCCCGAUAAGGACGGAUAUCCUCGGCGUCGAGAAUCGACUUCUCCGGCAAAGUCUACCGCUAAACGAGGACUUCGACGAAAGAGGAGGGCGGCCCUUUGAUGAAGGCUACGCUCGUCCGCGAAGAAAGGAGAGAAGGAGGGCUCAGAAGUCUGCAGGAUGGUACAAAGGCAUCAGAUGAGGUUGAAUAUGCGAGCGCGCAGCUUCUGGUCUGUUCUGAAAUGCUAUGCCACCCGGUAGCAAAUUGUAUCCGUCUAAUCGAUGCUUGCCUAGCUGUUGUCUUCUCGCAAGGUAAUCUUCGUCGUUGCUCGUCUCGACUACAUCUCUUCGCCUUCACCUGACCUGACCGCCGGCAACGCCAUGCAAAGUGGAGGAGGGAGGUG